AUGGGUUCUUGCAUUAGAAAUAAACAUAAAGAAGAAGUUCAAAAAAGGAAUUCUUGUAGAUUAAAAGUAAUCAUACCUAAAAAUCAAUUGUUGGAAAGUAUAUUUUAGAAUAUAAUUUGCAGCCAAUCCUGUAUAUGAUGAAAUGCCUUUUGAUUAAGGAGAUUGCUUUCAUUUAAAUAAGAACCUAUUUAAAGAUGAAUAUAUUAUUAUUGAUUCCAAUCCAUUUCUAAGUACUGAGUAUGGAAUCUAUUAAUGGUGUUAUUGUAGAAAAACUGAUUCUAGGAAGUUAGUAAAAACUAUAAAAAAAUCAACAGAUCCAAAAUCAGAUGAACCUGUUUUGAUAUUGAAUAAUAUUUAUAUGAUGCAAUACUUAGUAAAUUUAAUGUAAAAGCAAGGAUCAUCCAAAUAUUGCCAAAAUGAUUGAAUAUUUUAAUGAAGUAGAGCAUUACUAUAUAAUAUUUGAAGAUAAUUAAGGUGGCAAUCUAUUAAGUAAGAUGAUAAACUAAGGAGGAAAUCCAGAACAAAUGGCUGCUGUCAUUAUAGAGUAAGUAUUAAGCACUUUUGUUUAUUUGCAUUAAAAAAAUAUCAUUUAUCGUUUUUUAAGUAUUAUUAUGAUAUUUAUUAAUUUAAAGAUCAUAAUACUAUUAUUUGUGAUGAUUAACUUACAGUAACGUUUUUAGAAUUUGGAGCUGCUAAAAAAAUUAAAUAAUAUAUAAAACUUCCUGUUGGAGAUCAAUAUUAUUAAUCUCCAGAAAUGCUAUCUGGAAAUUAUGAUUUUAAAUCUGAUAUAUGGUCUACUGGUGUUUUAUUACAUUUUUUACUAUCAGGAGCUAUGCCUUUUGAUGGUAUUAUGGCAUAAUCAAUUAAAAAUUCAAUUAUGAGAGGUAUAAUUAAAUUAGAUGAUGCUUUUGAUUGGGAUAAGAUUCCUCAAGCUAAAGAAUUUGUUAAGAAAUUAUUAAAUUUUUCAUAAUAUUAAAGACCUACUGCAUAUGAUGCGUUAAAAGAUAAAUGGAUAGAAAAAGCUAAAUAAAAAAAAAAAGCAAUAAAAAUGAAUCCUGCUUUAACAAAUCUUCGUAAAUUCUAAAAAUGUGAAGUCUUAGUAGAAGCUAUCAUUAUGUAAAUUGUAUAAAUGACUCUAACAUAAGAAUAAAAAAGAGAAAUCUUUUAUAUUUUUUAAGAAUUUGAUACUAAUAGAGAUGGUAAAAUUUCUACUUAAGAAUUAAUUCAAGGUACUUAGAAUAUUAUAAAUAGAGGAUAUAAAAAAUAUUAAACUAGUACUAAAUUAGAAGAUUAAGACAUUGAAAAAUUGGUUAAGAGGAUUGAUUCAAAUGGAAAUGGUUAUUUAGAUUAUACAGGUAAUUUUAAUAUUUAUAAUAUAUAGAAUUUUUAUUAGCAUGUUAAGAUAAGAAGAAAUUAUUAACAGUUGAAAAAUUAAAAUUAGUAUUUGCUUAAUUAGAUGUUGAUAAAGAUAAUGCUUUAUCAAUGAUAGAAAUGAGAAGAAUUUUUGGAGGUAAUAGGAUUAGUGAUAAGAAUUGGGAAAAUAUUCUACGUUAAACUAAUUUACAAUAAAAAUCUGUCUUAACAGAAUAAGAGUUCUUACAAUUUAUAAACAAAACUAUGUAAAAUGAUCAUUCCCACUAGUGA